AAUGCAAAGCCUUGGGAUAAAUGCAAUACGGCAAAUUUUCAUACUCAUUAUUGCAAUCAUGACUUUUGUGCGUUCUAUGUAAUCAGUAUAUAUGAUUAUACGUUUUAUAUAAAAAGACCGAAACAACUGAGUAUCAUCAUUAAAUCUAAUACCAACAAUCAACAACAACACUUUUCAAAAAUGUUCAAAAUAAUUGUUCUAUUUGCCUUGUUGGCUUUUGUAGCAGCUGAACCCAGUGGUGUGUUACUUGGUGCUCCAUUAGCCACGAGCUACAAUUACAGGGCUGACUUAAUCAGUAGACCUGUCCUAGCUGCUUACACUUCUCCAAUUGUAGCUGCUCCUGUUCUUCAGAAGGUAGUCGCCGCUCCAGUGGCUACUAGCUACACGUCGAGGGUUGAUGCCAUCAGGAGUCCUUUGUUGGCUGCGUACACUCCUGCAAUCCAUCCAUGGUAAACGUAUUUUUGUAUAAUGUUAUUGACUGAUACUGUACUAUAAUACCAAAAUAAAAUAAAUGAAAUAUUUAAAUUUUAUUAAAUUUUUUAUAUUCUAGGACAUUUUCUCAAUCAAUGUGUUUUUUAAUUCCACUUGUCAAAUAUUUCAUCUGUAUAGCAUUUUCAUGAUCUUAAGGGAGUGUCUUUUUUAUUUUUAUAUAUUAUAGGUACAGAUCUAAACCAUCCAU